GUCUUUGUUGAUAUCAUCUUUGCCUAUUUCUCGGCGAGAGAUCCUGACAGUGGCGUGACGUCAUAUGAAGUUGCGUGGGGAACUGCACCUGGUUCAACAGAUAUCAAGGAAUUCGAGGAAGUUACCAACACAACGAUAUGGCUUGCUAAGUUCAAAGACAACGCACUUGACGUAGGAAACAAAUACUACGCCACUGUGCGAGCCACAAACGGAGCUGGUCUAUUAUCAGAAAAACUGUCUUCAAACGGGAUUGUAGUCGGCAAGUCGGAAUACAUUUUUGACAACACUUCCACCGCCGAGUUUUUCUUUGAUACGGUGAAUGUUAAAGAAGAUGGAUCGCGCAAGGACGGUGGAGUGGGAAAGACAUACGGGACAUUGAUUGUACCAGAAGGUGCUGUCGAGGAGCAGGUGAAGUUGAGAUCGUACAGUUUGGAUGAGAAAAUAAUGGAUACGAACCAGACUGAGGAGGGUCCUGUUAGCAACCCUAAGUACACUAGGCCCAAGCAAUUCAUGCUUGGAAAUUACAGUUUUGUCAUCAAGGCAUUAGACCCGAAGAAUAACACGGUUAAAGAAGGCUUCAAGUUUGCUGAGCCAAUCACAAUUACCAUGUUCUACGACGUUGAUAACCUGGUGAAAGCCAACAAUGAGCACGUCAAUAAUGAACUCACCAAGGAAGAUAUAGAUCCCGUGUUGUAUCUUUGGGAUCCCAAGAAUGAAACCUGGUUUGAUGCCGCACUCACGUGCCCUGAGCCCUGGAGCUACGUGAACAAGUCGAUUAAACUGUUGACAGUUAAAGUCUGUCAUCUGACUCAGUUUUCGUUCCUUUGGUCAUUCUACGCAAAAAAUGGUCUGGUUUUAUUCGAUAAAAACAGCUCAAUGUACAACGACAAUGGAGCCGUAGAAGUUACCCGUUCCAGACAAGUCACCAAACUGGAAUUUCCAGUACGUAGAGCGAAAGGUUCCCUGGGCGACGUAACUGUGCAAUGGUCUCUGUACCAAAAUGAUUCGUCUGACAGUAUGGAGAUCGUGUGGCCGAAAUCUGGACAGGUGUCGUUAGCUGAUGGUCAGUGGAACGACUCGAUUAUCAUCAACGUCGCCAGUGACAAGAAAGAAGUACACGAGAGUGUGGUUUGGAUCCAGUUAGAUAAAACCACAGGCGGCGCUGUCCUCGCAUCACGUGAUCAAACUACAGCCAAGAUCUUAAUCACUGGAAAUGAAGGAAAGAGUGGGGCCUGGAGAUGGAUUGUGACUGGCGUCUGCUGUGGCGUGUUCCUUAUUGUUGUCGGUGUUCUUGUGUAUUGGCGACGUAAAAAGAAACAAGAGUCACAAAGGAUUGUGGAUAGGAGAACCGAGAUUGAGCUUCCCUUCUGCAGUUCGAUGCGCAGAAAACGAGGCCUGACUGAAAGAAUGUAUGGUAGCAACUUUGAUACACUACAACCCGAUGAAAAAGCUGUUCCACAAAUUUAUGCUGGUGAUAUAGGAACACUGAGUCUUGUUCCAAAAAAUACACAAAUGGCCCUUUCUUCAUUGCCGGACACUCCUGAAAUACAUCGCGUGUGGAACCUCGAGCAGGCUGGUGAUGAGGAAACGGGAAGCCUUAGUAGUGGUGCAGACUCAUUUUUGGAUGAAGGAAGCGACAACGCAAUGCGACCAAUCACUGAAAAAAAGAAAAGCUUUAAACACAGAUUGACAAACCGGCUCAGGAUCACCACGAAAGACAAACACCAUCUUAGCCCUGCAGCAGCCCUCACUCCGGCAAGCAGCGACGAUGAAAUGGAAACGUCUUUCACAUCUUACAAAAGGACAGGAAUGUGUCUAACUAACCCACUGUAUGACUUAGGGUUGAACUCUUCUGCGGAUGUCUCCGGGGCGGAAUCGCCCCUCCCUGAAGAGGGCACCCCAAAGUCCGAAAAACAGAAACAAGUACAUGUGAAGACGAUCAGGGGACAUCGAGUGAACAGCCAGGAGGAUGGGUUUGAUUCGACUGAAAACACCAACAGUCAAGAAAACUCGAUCGGACAUGCCCACAAUACUACCGAGGACUCAACAGUAACAGCCAUUGAAGAAGGCAAAAAUUAAGGGAGCAAAGUCUGUGCGGACAAACAGACAGUUACAUUUUUAAAACCAAAACAUUAAAGAAUUGAAGCAUAUUUUGAGCUGAUUUUUUUUUUUUAAUUAUUGCCUUACUUAUUUCACAACCAUUCAAAUGUUAAUAAUUUUUUUUAAGGAGGACCCAAAGUAUGACGGAGUUUAAUUGAUUAUCAAAUAUAGUAGUGUUUCGCUGCUCCUCGUAAUUCUGAGGUAAUGUGAGUUGUCCUGUUCUGCUUCUGUUUGAAUUUCAUAGAUUUUUUUAAGAUUUGUAGACUUGGUAAAUAGAAUAACACUUGAAAUAAUAAUAUUUCUUCCUGGGAUGUUAGAGAAACUAAAUAAAGCUGCUUUUGAGAUAAUCUCAA